AUGACACGAACACAGCCGCAGGUUGCCAAAGUUGUCCACGGGAGCCGUCCUGGCAGCAUUCGACUCGAAGAGCGGCCGCGAAUUCCCCCGACUCAAUCGCUGGUUCUCAUAGCGCCGCGACCGUUCGUUUACGAUGCGUUGCAGCCCGGCGAAAUAAGACUGAUGGACAUCAGUCCAAGCCGAGAUCGCAUUGCGCCGAUCCGAGCCAUGCUAAAACAUCAAUCUCUGGGACACGGAACUUAUGAGGCCCUCUCUCGCGCGUUGGAAAGUCAGGAGCAACAAGCAACAAUAUACGUGAACGGGCACCCAGUGACGAUCAGCAGCAGCCUUCUGGAAGCGUUGCGUGAUAUUCGAAGGGAGAGCGAGUCUAGGACACUUCCUCCCAUCUGGAACCCAACACUUCUACCGAUCGGGGACAUCGGAAGUGAGCAUUUCUUCGAUGUCAAUACCAGUCAACCUUACUUUGAGUCGCCACCAGCUCUAACCUCCAGCCCUGGGAGUCCCCAGACGAAUUCAGCAUCUCCAAGCCCUGGGUCUAUCGCAGAGUUUCACUUCCAGGCAACACCCUCCCUGGAAAGUCUUCCGCUACAUCGUGGAGAUGCUGAUUUUUGGGCGCCGAGCCUGCAAGCUUCUGAGGUGCAUCAACUCUCAUCAGGUGACGAGAUACCAGCAAAUGUCACCAGCACGUCUCAGCGCAAACGCUCCUUGUUGACUGCGUUCCCGGACGAUCUACCGGCUCCCUGCAAUCAGAAGAUGCAGCAAACGCAGUCCAUCAGCGCAGAUAACAACGAGAAGGGAUUCAACGUAGUCUUUGCAUGCCCCUUCCAGAAAUUCGACCCGCACAAGUACCACAAAUGCCUCAAAUACAGGCUCAACCGUAUCAAAGACUUCUUCACCACUCGCGACGACCGGGACGAGCAUUCCCGCCGUGCCGAUUGCAAAACGCAGCACCCGCCUCGGUUCGAAGGCAUAAACGACGACCAGAGAAAUGAGCUGAAGAAGAGCUCGCCUAGAGGAAAGCCGCUGCAAGAGCAGUGGUUCGAGGUCUGGGAUGUGGUCUUCCCGGGCUGUCAGCGGCCCCAGUCAGCCUUCAUCGGCAACUACGUCGAGGAGAUGGUCCCCUUGCUGCGUAAUCUCUGGAACGAGAAGAGUGCCGAGAUCAUCUCCGGUGUCAUCGACACCAGGGGCGAACGCAAUGAGGUUGACGGCGCGUUACUUGCCGAGAUCAUGGGCUCUGUCUUCGAUCGGUUCGAGGCAGAGAAGACUCGCGCGUCACAAGGGAGUAGCAUUGAGAGGACUGGCAGUCCAGGCAACACCUCGCUCCAAUUCGCGUCACAGGACAGUUCGGACUUCUGCUUCGAGCUCGAGGCGCCCUUUGGUCAGCAUGAGUUUUCGCAGAUGGGUGUGCCUGAUUUCGACACUGGCUGUAGCGUCGACUUGGGGAACUACUACUUCUCCCGUGGCCCUGACUCCUGCGGAUGA